AUGGCUCGUGCCACUGCAACUGCUCGCAAAUCAACUGGAGGAAGAGCUUCCCGCAAACGUUUGGGUGCAAAAGCAGCCAGAAAGACCCCAGCCAAGAAGAAGGGUACCAGAAAGUUCAAGCCUGGCACUAUUGCUCUGCGUGAAAUCCGUCGUUACCAGAAAGGCCAUGAACUUUUGCUCCCCAAGACCCCCUUUCGACGUGUCGUGCAAGAGAUCACCAGUGAGAUGAUGUUUGAAAAAGACUAUCGCUUUCAGUCCAGCGCCCUGGACGCACUGCAAGAAAUAAGUGAGGCGUUCCUUGUAAAUGAAUUUGAGAUGACAAACCUAUGUGCCAUCCAUGCCAGGCGUGUCACCAUACAGGCUAGAGACAUGCAGCUGGUCCGGCGACUGCGGAAGCAUAUGGGCCUAGAUCCUGUUGGAACUGUGUAG